AUGAACGAACGGUAUGUUAGUUUGAAUGUAGUAGUAGGCACAUUAAAUGAUGAAUUUUCGGAAGAAACAAUUCGCCAAAAAGUUAGAGAAUAUAAUAUACAUUUAGAUCAGAAUCCAAAUGAUAUAGAUGCAUGGCUUGAAUUUAUUUCGUUUCAAGAUAAAAGUUUAAGAUUCGGCAAAACAAAAAGAUCUGAAUCAGCUACUGCAAAAUCAAGUAUAAAUGAAGUAAAAAUUAGUAUUUUUGAAAAGGCAUUGGAGAUUAAUCCUCAUAAUUCAAGAUUACUUGGCACAUAUUUAAAAUGUUGUGAAAAGAAUUGGGAUGUACCUAAAUUGCUCACUAAAUGGGAUCAAGUACUUAAAGAUAAUUCUACAAAUAUUUCUCUUUGGAUACAAUAUCUUGAUUUUCGUCAAACAAAUCUUGUUUCUUUUACAGUUAGUCAAUGCUUGCAAGUUUUUGAAGAUUGUUUACAUGUUUUAAGAAAAGCUGUUUUAGUUACCUUGGAUAGAUCUGAGAAACUUGAAAUUGAAACAAUUAUGAUUCAUAUUUUCCAACGUGCAUGUUUUUUUAUGUUUCAAUCAGGGUAUACAGAAAGAGCAUAUGCAUGUUGGCAGGCAAUGAUUGAACUAACUUUCUUUGGACCAGACUCUCAAAAUCCAAUUUUUUAUGAUAGAAUUGCAAAUUUAGAAAAUUUUUGGGAAUCUGAAAAACCACGUUUUGGAGAGAUUAAUGCUGAAGGCUGGGGAUCAUAUAAUUAUCAACACAGUGAAAUUGAUGAUAUUGAAAAUUUUAAUACUUUACCAACUUCUCUUAAUCUUCAAAAUAUUGAAGGGGAUACAUUUGAAAAAUGGAUAAAGGCAGAAAAUUUUUAUGAAAAUGAAUUACUUCCAAUAAGAUCAAAAAUCAUUGACGAAUCAGAUCUAGAUGAUCCAUAUAGAAUUGUGAUUUUUGAUGAUAUUUGUAGUUUUUUAUUUGAUUUGACUUCAAAUGAAUCACGUUUAGAGCUGUUAUAUGCAUGUUUUGAUUUUGUUGGAACAUCUUUUAAUCCUUCUUAUUCAUCAUCAAAUCCUUUGAUAAUUGAUUCAUUUUUGAAUUCUAAACUUGCAAAUGAAUUAAUAUCAGAAAAUAAAACAAAAACAGCAACAAUGUAUACUUUUAAGUUUCCAAUAAAGGCAUUCCCACAAGAAUCAAACAAUUUAUUUAAAUCUGAAAAUUGGCCUUCAAUUUGUGAUGAUAUUGAAAGUUAUAAUAUAAAUAUGAAUUUUGCAAGAAAUGCCAUCUCCCAAAUAUCACAAUGUAUAAAUGAUCCAGGAAUUAAAUUAUGUCAAUUAGCAUUAGAGCAAUUAUAUGAUGUUUCAAGUGCAAAAAAUCUUGCAAGAAAUAUGUUGGAAAAAGAAUCAACAAACUUAUCAUUUUGGAAUGGAUACGCAUUACUUGAAAAAUCAAUGAAUAAUAUAACAGAUGCACAAAAAGUUUAUCUUGCAACACUUUCACAAUAUCGAAAAUUUCCUGAAGAAUAUAAACAAGAUGUACCACUAAUUUAUCGAAUGUUUGCAGAAAUGGAAAUUGAACAACAUCAUUUGAAAACUGCUCUAAAUUCAAUAUCAGAAAUGGAUGUGCCUAGUAUAAAAAUAUUAAAAGCCAGGAAGUAUUUUUCUCAACAGUUGGCAAGUCUUACAUCAUCAUCAGCUUCAAAAAUAGAUUUGUACAAUUUCUUAAAUUAUUCUAUAUGUUUAGCAUUUUUGGAAUAUACAAGUAGAGGGUUACAACAUGCUUGUAAAGUAUUUGACGAAACAUUAGAAAAUAUAGAGGUUAGAAAGGAAACUAAUGGAAAUAUUCCUACAAGUUUAAAUCAAAUGUUAGAAAAUAUGUUAAAAAAAAAUCCAAACCAUAUUCUUUGGACUUUUGCCAUUUUUUCCGAAUUACAUAGUCAACAUCCCUAUGAUGUUCACCGAGUUCGAAAUCUAUUUGAUAAAGCACUUGAAUGUCCAAAAACAAAAAAUUCAAUAUCGUUAUGGGCUUUGUAUAUUAAUUAUGAAAUUAAACAUGAACAAUAUAGUAAAGCCAAGAUUCUGUAUUACAAUGCAAUAAGAGAAUGUCCAUGGUCAAAAGAUUUGUAUAUGAUAGCAUUUCGAAAACUACGUUCUCAAUUUUCAACUGAAGAAUUAGAUGAGGUGAUGAAUGUAAUGUUAGAAAAAGAGAUCCGUUUAAGAGUUUCAAUGGAAAAAUUUACCGAAGAAAAGGAACAAGAAGAAACAAUGACCAAUAUAGUCCAAUGA